UUAACACUUUGAUGACAGUAAUGGAUGUUUGGGUGUAACAAAAUACCAACGACAUGAAAUCCCACAGACAAUGAUUUCAUCGCUGACCCACUCCUGUGUGACUACGGGCCGUUGCGUCUUUGGGUUUCCAUAGCAACACACUGCCGUCGCACACAAAACAAGCCUCCGGGUUCCUUCAACGCUAACUUUUAACAGUUAAAACGGGCUAGCUCGCAUUUUAAAACUUUCUGAAGACGUCGACAGAUCCCCUUCCGUGGGCCGAAUGCUUGGCUAAAUCUUGAAAGGAUCCUCUUUGUUUCAGCCCUGUGGAUGAGCCGCCAUGGUACGCCUGACGAUAGAUCUGAUUGCCAAAUCUAGAAGCAACUUCAAAAAGAAAAGGGGCCUCUCCUUCCCAGAGUACCUCAAAACACUCACCCACCUGCACUUCUCCAGCAGCAGCAUUGAAGACAUUGGGGAUCUCUCCAUGUGUAGAAAUCUCACCGUUCUUUACCUAUAUGAUAAUCAGAUCACGCACAUAUGCAACCUUGGCUUUGCCUCCAACCUCACCCAUCUUUACAUGCAGAACAAUAACAUCACCCAUAUAGAUCAUCUUGCCAAUCUGCAGAAGCUGUCCAAACUGUAUCUGGGUGGAAACGAGAUCGCUGUGGUCGAGGGCUUAGAGACACUGUGCGAGCUCAAGGAGCUUCAUCUGGAGAAUCAGAGGCUGGCACCGGGGGAAAAGAUGCUCCUUGACCCCAUGACUCUCCUCUCACUGGCUGAAUCUCUUUGUGUCCUGAAUAUCAACAACAACAACAUUGAUGAAAUCAGGGACCUGAGCGUGCUGAAGGAGCUCCAGCAUUUUUCUGCUGCUGACAAUAGAUUGUGCGAUAUGGAGGAGUUGGAGGACGUGUUCUACCAUUGGCCUCGGUUGCUUCAAAUGGAUUUGAGUGGAAAUCCUGUUUGUAAAAAAAAGAAGUACAGAGAUCGCCUAAUAACCGCGGUCCGAAACCUGGAGGUUCUGGAUGGCAAGGAAAUUAAUGAGUUGAACAGACAGUUCCUUAUCAACUGGAAAGCAUCCAAAGAGGCCAAGAAGAAUAAAAACAACACACAUGUGAUGGCCGGAUCGUUUACCUGUCCUGUAACAAAUGACUUGAACGUGUGUCAUGGUGCACGCCCUGGCCACAUCUGCAGCCACGCAAACGUGGGAGCCGCUGCAGUCUCUCAGGUUACAAAAAUGAAAGAUUCCUACAGGGGGACAUCUCGUUCGUGGAGCGGCCUCGUCACCCAUCUGCAGUCUUCCUUAAGACAGACCUACAAGUCCACUAAGAUCUCCACCCACGCAGGACGAACCCUGCUUCUGGCUGUAGUUUAAGCACCUCAGUCAUUAUAGUUCUGGAUAUUUCAUGCUUGCAUGUUUAGCAGUGCAGAAGAGAGUCCCUGUCACUCACUUGCUGCGUCCAUUGGUGCAGAGACACUGCAGUAUCCUUAAACUAUGGACACUACGAGUUUAAAGAUUUACCUUUUUUUUAUUUACAGGAAAUAUUUAUAUUGUAUCUGUCUCUUAGGCCGGAAAUAAUAUACUGGUGUCACAAAUUCUGAAAUUAAAGCGUAAAACAAUG